AAAAAAAAGGUGGUGCGAGACGGCGUCGUUUUAGUGGCUGGUGGAAGCUGUCUCUCUCCUUCGGUGAAAACUGAAGAGGGGUUGGUUUAUUUAUGAAGUUCCUCUGAUUCAAAGCGAAGUUGAUAAUCUUUCUCUGCGUGCUGGUGUAUGAGAGAUCGUGCGUGCUUGUUAUCUCCUUAUGGACAGUCGAAACGUCGUCGUCUGCGAUAACGGAACCGGCUAUGUGAAGUGUGGUUUUGCUGGUGGGAACUUCCCCACUUCAGUGUUCCCUUGUGUGGUUGGUAGGCCAAUGCUUCGCUACGAAGAAUCUUUAAUGGAACAAGAAAUUUCGGAUAUUCUCGUUGGAGAUGCUUGUUUAAAGUGGCAGCAUCAAUUGGAUGUAUCUUAUCCAGUCAACAAUGGUAUCGUGCAAAAUUGGGAUGAUAUGGGGCAUGUAUGGGAUCAUGCAUUUUUUAGUGAAUUAAAGAUAGAUCCUGCAGAGUGUAAAAUUUUGCUCACAGAUCCGCCUUUAAAUCCUUCUAAAAACCGUGAAAAGAUGGUUGAAGUUAUGUUUGAAAAAUACAAUUUCUCUGGUGUUUUCAUCCAAAUCCAGGCCGUUUUAACCUUGUAUGCUCAAGGUUUGCUUACUGGACUAGUCAUUGAUUCUGGUGAUGGAGUCACUCAUGUGGUUCCAGUAGUUGAUGGAUACUCAUUCCCUCAUCUUACAAAACGCAUGAAUGUAGCUGGGCGUCAUAUAACAUCAUAUCUUGUUGAUUUACUUACGAGAAGGGGGUAUGCCAUGAACAAAACUGCUGACUUUGAGACAGUAAGGAAUAUUAAAGAGAAGCUCUGUUACAUAAGUUAUGACUACAAAAGGGAAUAUCAAUUGGGAUUAGAAACAACCAUCCUUGUUAAAAAUUAUACCCUUCCAGAUGGAAGAGUCAUAAAAGUUGGCACCGAGCGGUUCCAAGCACCUGAGGCACUCUUCACUCCAGAACUAAUAGAUAUUGAAGGAGAUGGGAUGGCUGACAUGGUAUUUCAUUGCAUUCAGGAGAUGGAUAUUGACAAUAGAAUGACGCUGUACCAACAUAUUGUCCUCAGUGGAGGGAGUACUAUGUAUCCUGGAUUGCCCAGUCGCUUGGAGAAAGAAAUUUCAGACCGAUAUCUUGAUGUUGUUUUGAAAGGAAAUAAGGAUGGAUUGAAGAAACUACGACUGCGGAUAGAGGAUCCACCACGAAGGAAGCAUAUGGUUUAUCUUGGAGGUGCAGUUCUUGCAGGCAUUAUGAAGGAUGCUCCGGAGUUUUGGAUCAACAGACAAGACUAUCUGGAAGAAGGAAUUGCUUGUUUAAGCAAGUGUGGGCAGGCAUGAGGCCCCCCCUGUAUGUUUAGGUUUGAAGAAGAUGAAUUUUCAAAUGAAACAAUAGAGGAAUGCAAGGGAUCCAUGUAUUCAAGUACAAGUUGGUGUUGUAUCUCUUUUGGCAAUCAGAGAUUUCAUUUACAUAUUUCUUCUAUCAUGUGUGUCAUCUUGCCCUUCUCAGUGCCCAACCAAGUCAAGUGUGUGAUCUUAACUAAAGUAGUCUUCUAAUGAAUGCUCUGUCAAGGUUUUUCAUUGGGUAAUGUAUUGAUGAUAGCUGGAUUUACAUUUACAAUAACUCUCUUCAUAUAGAUUAGAUUAUAUAUGCAUAGAUAGGAUAAGAUAUUUAAUAGCGUGAGCAGUAGAUUAAACAAACCUACUACCAAUAUAAAUCUACAGCAGACACUGCUGAUUUUA